CACGGCUCGUCCUCGACCUCGUCCUCCUCCUCCGCCCCAGUUUAGGAAACGACGACUUGACUCACGCGUCCACACCAACAGUGGAUGGAAAGUUAAAACGAGAAACCCACCCCCUCUCCUCUUUCCUGUUAUUUUCCUCCAACCCCACCUCCCUCCUAUUUAUACUCCGCCGCAGCCACCUCACCGCAAAUCACCCCCGCGAUUCUUCUCUCCACGUUCCUGCCCCCGUUUUUACGCCCCUAUUUCUCGUUCCCCCUUGUGUCUUUCUUCGAUUCUUGAAUCUUGAGGGCCGACGAGAAUCCCCUUCGAUCGGUGCAGCCGCGCGGCGGACGAAUUAGGUCUGGGAGCAGGGGGUCGGGCGAUGGACGGAGGAGUCUAGGGUUUCGACUUCCCAUGAUCUUGUGCGACGCGGAUGGGGGACGCGAUAGAGAAGCCGACGGACACAGCCUUCUUGGAUUCCGAUGCGAUGAACGGCAGUUCCAACCAUAAUUUCUCCUUCACCAUCGACGAGCUGUUUGAGAUCCUCGAUGAGGACCCUGGCCCAUCACAGGGCUUCGACGAGAACCCUGGCACCUCGAAGGGUCCUUCCUCGGAUACUCUAAAAGAUUUGGGUCAGGAGAAACCGUCUCCUGGUCCGCUCAAUCCUCAGAAGGCCUUUUGGACUCAAGCAGGAUUUUCAGAACCUACAGCGGUUCUGGAAUACUUCAGUGGAGAACUGGGAUCAGCUAAGUGGGAUACAUCAGAUAGUAUGGACGCAUCGGAUUGUAAGCAAGAAACUGGCUCUGAGUUACUUUCUAAGCCUGAAGGAAGCUUUAACAACUUAAGUUCGAGCUAUCCACUGUCUGUGAAUCAUGAGAUCCAUCAUGCAAUACAGCUUCCUGACUCUGCCUUGAUGAAUUACCAUGGUUUUCCUUCAAAUCAUCCACCUAACUGGUUGAGUCUUUCAACCUUAGACUAUAACCCAAGUUCGAUGGAUUUAGUUGAGAACUCUUUUGGCAGUUUGAUGACAGAGAACUUUGACCACCAGCAGUUGCAGAACAAUUUACCAAAUUGCAACGCCCCUCUUGAUAAUGCUGAAGGAGAGGGCCUACCUUACUCACCAUAUGCAGGCUUUGGCCAUGAUUUCUGCUCAGACAAUGACCAAGAGAAGGACUUUGAGCAAAUGAGAGAUUCAUCAAAUACAAAUUUGAUGGAAAAGCCUGGUUUAAGUGACGGAAUGCAUAGUAAUGUAAAUGCAAUUGCUGUACCAGAUUCUUCAGUGCAGGAAGGAAAUCUCUGUCCAUCACUCUCUAUCUAUUCAUCUAUGAGUUCUGAUGCAGCUUUACCUGAUAUAUUAAUUGAUGAGUUGUACGCUAGUCAAACAACUGGUAUCACAGACACUGGUAGAGGGAGUUGUGCAACAUUAUGUAGAGAGUAUGCUACUGGUGACACUAACUAUGACUUUAGUCAGUUCUUGCCAGGUCUAUUUUCUCAGCCGUUUUUCCCACAAGAAAAGGAAACAGUGGGAUAUAUGAAGGAUAACAGAGAAGAUCAACUGUUUUCAUCUCAGAAUUCAUGUAGAACUAAUGAGCUGAUGUUAGAACCGUCUAUCAUAGCAUUGGAUGCAAAUUUGCCAGAAACACUAUUUGCAGAGCAGAAUCAUUACGAGGAUGUGAAUUUCAGGAGUGAAUCUAGCACAGAUUCUUCUCCCCUACCUUCUAGCAGAAACUCAACCUCUGAUAAUGUUGAUAGAUAUGCAGUUGAUACAUCAAAACAAUGGGUGCCUGAUUCUAACAUAAAUUUUCCCAGUAAAAGGCAAGCAACUUUCCCAAAGAAUGAAACUGAAUAUCAGAUGCCAGAAUUUCGUCACAAACAGCAGGGUAUUCCCAAAGCAAGUUAUAAUGGUGUCCAAAAGAAUCUCUCAAGAAGCAGCAUAAGCAUGGAUGAUGAUGCUGAUAUAUGUGUUCUUGAUGAUAUCAGUGAUCCUGCCUGUCCCCCUCCACCAGCAGUGCGCAUAAAUCCUCAUUCACUGUUACAACAAUCUGGAUUUGCUGGCCCUUAUCACCCUGGUUCAGGAGGGAUGAGACUUAAGGCAGAUGAUGAGAGAUUAACUUUUCGAAUUGCAUUACAGGAUCUUGAUCCACCAAAAUUUGAAGCUAGCCCACCUGAAGGAGUUUUAGCUGUUCCUCUAUUAAGACACCAGCGAAUAGCUUUGUCAUGGAUGGUGCAAAAGGAGACUGCUAGUCCACAUUGCUCUGGAGGGAUUCUUGCAGAUGACCAGGGAUUAGGUAAAACAAUAUCUACUAUAGCUCUGAUCCUGACGGAAAGAUCUCCAUCAUCAAGAUGUUGUCCCGGAACAGAUAAACAAACAGAAUUUGAAACUUUGAAUCUGGAUGAUGACACUGAUGAUGAUGAUGGACUUAUCAAACAGCCUUGCAAUUCAAGUUCUGUGGUAGUCAAUAAGCCAGUGAAAAGAGAGAACUCUGUGAUGGCAUUGAAAAGCAGGCCAGCAGCUGGAACUUUGGUUGUUUGCCCUACAAGUGUUCUUCGACAAUGGGCUGAAGAAUUACAAAACAAAGUCACUAGCAUAGCUGAUUUAUCAUUUCUGGUAUAUCAUGGGAGUAAUCGAACAAAAGAUCCCAAUGAGCUCACCAAGUAUGAUGUUGUUCUCACAACAUAUGCUAUUGUAAGCAUGGAGGUCCCAAAGCAGCCACUUGUUGAUAAAGAUGAUGAGGAGAAAGGAAAGCCUGAUGCAUCAGCUGCGCCUACAGGGCUUAUAACCAAUAAGAAGAGGAAAAGUAAUAGUUCUAAUGCAAAGAAUCUGAAGGAUGGUAACACAACGGAUGGUCCAUUGGUUGAAUCUGCUGCUAGACCUCUUGCAAGAGUUGGGUGGUUCAGAGUUAUACUCGAUGAAGCUCAAAGCAUCAAGAACCACAGAACUCAAGUUUCCAGGGCAUGUUGUGGUCUGCGAGCCAAAAGAAGAUGGUGCUUGUCUGGGACGCCCAUCCAGAACGCAGUUGAUGACCUUUAUAGCUAUUUUAGAUUUCUCAGAUUUGAUCCAUAUGCUUCUUAUAAGUCAUUCUGCUCUAAAAUAAAGAUGCCAAUUAAUAGGAAUCCAACUAGUGGGUACCAAAAGCUUCAAACUGUUCUGAAGGCAAUAAUGCUACGCCGCACAAAAGGUGCUCUAAUUGAUGGAAAACCAAUUAUUACCUUGCCUCCAAAGACGGUCACUUUAAAAAAGGUGGACUUCUCAAUGGAGGAACGAGCCUUUUAUUCUGCUCUAGAAGCUGAAUCUCGAGAACAAUUCAAGGUUUAUGCAGAAGCUGGGACUGUCAAACAAAAUUAUGUCAACAUUUUAUUUAUGCUUUUGCGGCUUCGGCAGGCUUGUGAUCAUCCUCUUUUGGUAAAAGGAUAUGAUUCAAAUUCCGUCUGGAGGUCUUCUAUGGAGAUGGCAAAAAAACUUUCCAGAGAGAAAGUAGAAGGUCUUUUGAAAUGUUUAGAAGCUUGUUUGACAAUCUGUACGAUCUGCAAUGAUCCACCUGAAGAGGCUGUUGUUACUAUCUGUGGGCAUGUUUUCUGCAAGCAGUGCAUCUGUGAGCAUCUUACUGGGGAUGAUAACAUCUGUCCCUCUGCCCACUGUACAGUCCGACUUAAUGUUGCUUCAGUAUUUUCAAAAGGGACUUUAAGAAGCUCUCUAUCUGACCAACCCGCUGAUUCAUGUUGCUCUGGUGAUUCUGGUCCUGAAUUGGUAGAUGCAACUGAGCUGUGUGGGAAUAGUUCAUCUUCUGAUUCUUCUAAAAUAAAAGCUGCUCUUGAGAUUUUGCAAUCACUGCCUAGAUCCGAGUACUCCCCAAAUAAUAAUUUCAACAAUUCUAGUCAUGUAGCCACUGGUUCUGUACAAAACACAGAUCAUACUAUUAAAAUGAGUCCUCCAAGUGGUACAAAUGAUAGAAAACAUUCUAACUCAAUUGAAGGUUCACAUGAUCAAGUAACAGAAAAAGCCAUUGUCUUUUCCCAGUGGACUAGGAUGCUGGAUUUGUUGGAAGCUCCACUAAAAGAUUCUCGUAUACAGUACAGGAGACUUGAUGGGACCAUGUCUGUUGCUGCUAGGGAGAAAGCUGUGAGAGAUUUUAACACUAUUCCAGAGGUAACUGUGAUGAUUAUGUCUUUGAAAGCUGCAAGUCUUGGACUGAAUAUGGUGGCAGCCUGCCAUGUACUACUACUAGAUCUGUGGUGGAAUCCUACAACCGAAGACCAGGCAAUUGAUAGAGCACAUAGAAUUGGCCAGACACGUCCUGUCACUGUAUCUCGCUUAACAGUGAAAGGCACCGUUGAGGAUCGCAUCUUAGCUCUCCAGGUGUUUUAUCUCCUCACUAAGCUAUCAAACCAUGUGGGGAGAGUGGACAAGAUUAACACUCCGACUGAGGCAUCCGAGGUAGAAGCCGAGCAUCUUAAGGAGGUGCUGACCAAGGCAGGCAUCGAUCUUGCUCACAAAGAGAAGGAGCUGCAAGAGGCCGAAUCUCAAACUGUCGAGGUGGAGAAGGGGGCAGGGGCCUCCACCGAAGCUUUGAGGAAAGCGAAAGCUGAACUGAUCUUCGAAAGGGAGAGGUGACAGGAGAUGGCCUCGAAAGCCAUCGAGGUCGAAAAGAGGGCUCACAAGCGGAUUGCUGAGGCUGACUGUCUUGCAGUGGAGGCAUUCAAAAUUUUUGAGAAAUUUGAAGAUAUGAAAGUUGCAUUUGGUCAAGAUGCCUUCAAUACUAGCUUAGGGAGUGGAUUUGAGGAUUGCCACUGUCUAGUCACUGCUCGACUCCCUGCGAUGGACCUUUCUUUCCUAAAUGAGGAUGAAGAAGAGCUGCAGGGGAGCCUCUCCUUUUUGAACCCACAGCUGCCAAAGGA